CUUCCGGCCCGCCGCUGUUCGUUCCCCUCCCGCCUUGUCCGUCGUGCUGCUUGAUUCUGCCUGGCGCCUGAGCAGGAUGGAGUGAUAAGAAGCAUCGACGCCCCCUUCUUCCGUAGGCGCCUCCCGCGGGCCCAUGCGGCCCCCUCAGAGACCAUGGGAUCCCGCAUCAAGCAAAACCCGGAAACAACAUUUGAAGUAUAUGCUGAAGUGACCUAUCCGGUGGCAGCUGGUGCAGAUCCUGAGGUGCGGAGGCAAUUCCCCGAAGACUACAGUGACCAGGAAAUUCUACAGACUCUGACCAAGUUCUGCUUUCCCUUCUAUGUGGACAGCCUCACAGUUAGCCAAGUUGGCCAGAACUUCACUUUUGUGCUCACAGACAUUGACAGCAAGCAGAGGUUUGGGUUCUGCCGAUUAUCUUCGGGGGCCAAGACCUGCUUCUGUAUCUUAAGUUAUCUCCCAUGGUUUGAAGUUUUUUAUAAACUGCUGAACAUCUUGGCAGACUAUACAGCAAAGUGCCAGGAUAGCCAAUGGUAUGAACUCCUGGAAACACUUUAUAAACUGCCCAUCCCUGAGCCUGGCACAUCUGUGCAUCUCAGCGUGCACUCUUACUUUACUGUGCCUGACAUCAGAGAACUUCCCAGCAUACCUGAAAAUAGAAAUCUGACAGAGUAUUUUGUAGCUGUGGAUGUGAACAAUAUGCUGCACCUCUACGCUAGUAUGCUCUACGAACGCCGUAUCCUCAUUUGCUGUAGUAAGCUAAGCACUUUAACUGCCUGCGUCCAUGGGUCUGCAGCUAUGCUUUACCCAAUGUUCUGGCAACAUGUUUACAUCCCUGUUCUGCCUCCGCACCUCUUGGACUACUGCUGUGCUCCAAUGCCCUACCUCAUAGGAAUACAUCUAAGCCUGAUGGAGAAGGUUAGAAACAUGGCCGUAGAAGAUGUUGUCAUUCUUAAUGUUGACACUAACACACUGGAAACCCCUUUUGAUGAUCUUCAGAGCCUUCCAAAUGAUGUGGUCUCUGCGCUGAAGAGCAGGUUGAAGAAAGUCUCUAUGACCACAGGUGAUGGUGUGGCAAGAGCAUUCCUGAAGGCUCAAGCAGCUUUCUUUGGAAGCUACAGAAGUGCAUUAAAAAUUGUACCUGAGGAGCCUAUAACAUUCUGCGAAGAAACAUUUGUCUCCCACCGGUCAGCCACCAUGCGGCAGUUCCUGCAGAAUGCCAUCCAGCUGCAGCUCUUCAAGCAGUUUAUUGAUGGUCGUCUUGAUCUUCUCAAUUCUGGAGAAGGUUUCAGCGAUGUCUUUGAGGAAGAGAUAAACAUGAGUGAAUAUGCUGGUAGUGACAACCUCUACCAUCAAUGGCUGUCGACAGUCAGGAAAGGAAGUGGUGCCAUUUUGAAUACAGUGAAGACCAAGGCAAACCCUGCCAUGAAGACAGUCUACAAGUUUGCAAAAGAUCAUGCAAAAAUGGGAAUAAAAGAAGUGAAAAACCGCUUGAAGCAAAAGGACUUUGCUGAGAACGGCUGCUCUACAGGGCCAGAAGACUCGCUUCCACGAACUGCCCCUUCUCCCCUGGCUGAAAAGAAAGAUCCUAAACUACGAGAGGACAGGCGACCCAUCACGGUACACUUUGGGCAGCCAAGCGUUCGUCCUGCAAGACCGCCUCCUCCCAAGAUCCAUCGCUCAUCCAGGCCUGUUCGGCCACCCAGACCCCACGUUGUCAGGAGGCCAAAGAGCAACAUCGCCAUUGAUGGCCAAAGGACUUCGGUCUCCAGCCCAGAGCACCUGGUAAAGCCCACGCGCCACUAUACAGUCUUUCUCUCUGAGGACUCUUCCGGUGAUGAGUUUCCGCAGGAAGACGACCCAGUCUCUGCCUUCUCUGACAGCUUUCUCUUCUCUGCUCCCUUUGAAUGGCCUCAGCCUUACCGUGCUCUGAAGGAGUCUGACAGCGCCGAUGGAGAUGAAAAUACCAGCCCUGAGAAGCCCCAAGGUCCUGGCCAUGCUGACCCUGCAACCCCAGACAGCCCUACAGAAAUCAGUCUUCUGGAAGGCAUUUUCAUUGGCCUUGAGGUAGAGCCCCAGCCCCAGCUCCUCACCCAAGCCAAGAGUUUAGAAGAUUUAAGGAUUACCAAGGAAGAAGAGAACCAGCAGUGCACCUUUGACUACCAGCAGAGGAUGGAUCCUGGCUUUUCCGAGAAGAGCUGGACUGCACCAGGAAUGAAGCUGUCCUAUCCCUACAAACAGCUUUGGGGCCUGGGCCAUGAUGACAUGGCCAUUCCCAACAAGUACUCCCAAAACUCUCCUGAGAGACCAUUAACUACUCUUGGGAAAGCACCCCCAGUCCCCCGGAGGCCCCAGAGGAGAGACAACAUUUUGGAUCCCACUGAGAAGGAGGUUGGAAGCUCACCUGUUGCUCAAGGAGGAAGCAUUACUAUCCCACGGCCACAGGGGAGAAAGACACCAGAGCUGGGCAUAGUCCCACCACCGCCUGCUCCUAGACCUGCCAAACAGCAGGGGCCGUCUGAAACUACCACCACUUGCUUUGCAGGACACAGCAGUCUAGCACCUGACCUCAUGCAGGAGAUGUUUGCAGCCAGAAAUCUCUCUCUGGAGCCUGAAUUCAGGCAGCAGGCUGGUUUUGCCACUCACCAGCUUCAACUUUUGUCCAACACCAGCAGUGCAGCAGACAUGCUGCAGCCAGUGAAAAUCAGUGCAGAGGAUGCAAACAAUGACAGUGACUUUCUCCUUGCCCUUCUAGACCCACUGAAAGCAGGGAACUGUCAGGACAUUAGCUUGCAGCCAAGCACCAGCAGCCUGCUGGGAUCAGCAUCCCCAAGCCCGGCAGCUGGCUUCCCUUCAAUGGCAGGUGACCUUGCACCACCCACAUCAGCACCGUUUGGCCAACCACUGGGAUACCCUCCUUCCAUAAUGCCAUUUGGUCAGGCAUCUCUCAAUCCAUUUGUACAGACAAUGCCAGUGCCUCUGUCAUUGUCUCUGGUCAGACCUCCCGGUAGUCCUCUUGUUCCCUCUCUGGGCCAUGCUUACAGCUCCAGCAUCAUCACAUCUAAUUCCAACUUCUGUCAGCCCCAAAGGCCUCCCCCCAACCCUCUGACACUCUCCAUGCCCAACCUGUUUGCUCAGUCUCCAGCAGCAACUACCCCAAGUCAGCCUUCUUCCCAGAAUAAGACAUCGCAGCCUUGUGGCCCUUCUAAAAUCCGGACCUUGCCCUUGGCUCAUUCUUCUUCCAAAAGACAGGCCAGGGUAAGGCUUGCUGCAAGGCCCAGUGAUCUCCCACUGGUUUCCCCCAAGGCCAAAGUUGUAGAAUCAGUGUUAUAUCCUUCCAAGCCUCAGGAGACUAAAGACCCCUUUGAAGACUUGUUAAAUAAGACAAAGCAGGAAGUUUCGGUCACACCAGGUAAAGUAGAACAGCUGAGAAAGCAGUGGGAGACAUUUGAGUGACUCCCCCGAUAGUGGUCAGUCCCUUUCUCUGGUAAGUUUUGAGCCAGUGAAACAACACUCUUCCUUUGGAACUAAAGGAUAGGCCGAACAGAAGCUGCUAUCUUCUUGACAGCUCCUGUACUGCUGGCAAGAUAUUGGGCAAAAUACUGUUAUCGGGCAGCAGGGCCCCAGUUGGAAUCCCUUCUGGCCCCCUGCCCUUGGUUCCCCAUUGCUUUUUGGCCUUUGCUGAAAAACAGAUGGGUUAGUCAUUUUCCUACCCUUCUAAAAUUUAUGAAGAUAACUACUGAAUUGGAGAAUGCUCAGUUGCCUAUGAAGUCUUCCCUUCCCCUUCUAUUCUCAUUUGGUGACUUGUUCCCCCACCCCGCCCUUCCAGGCAAUGAUUUACUUCCUCUCCAGUGUGAUCGUUACUGAGUUUAGAUUCUUCGUUUUCACAAGCCACAAAUCAUGUUUUGCUUUCACAUGUAUAUGGAGCGCACAAGCCCCACAUUUGGGCUGAGUUAAUCACUGGGCUUUUGAACUGAGUUUUUUCCUUCCAUUUUGGUUAGUUUUUGUCCCACAAGUAUGCUUUUGAUUUAGUAGAUGUGUUGUUCUAUGAACUCUGGUCAUAGGUACUUCUUUCUCAUCCCAGCUCUUGCUCGCAAAGGAGACCUCUGAACCCUUUCAUGUCCCAAGUUAAGUAUUCAUGUUGGAGUACUACAUACCUUGAUGGGAAUGGGUGAAAUAGCUGUGUGUGUCCAUCAGAGAACUUGAAUCACCAGCACUGUACCUUUAGAAUAAGACACGUAGCAUCCCUAACGUGUUUCUCCAAAGUCUUCUGUAAUUGCGUGUGAAUAUUGUUAAUAUAUAUGUGUAUAUACAUAUGUAUAUAUAUACUCACACAUGCAUACACACGCACAUAACAGUGUUUCUAGAUGGCAGUACUUGCAACUGUAAUAGUACCUUAUUUUAUUACCAAGAAAAGGGACCAGGGUGUAAAAGGUUCCUCAGUGUUGGGAGCUACACCCCAGGAUUGUGCUGGUUAAUAGUAAUACAAAAGGGAAUAAGUGUAGAAUUUGCUGAAUGAAUUUUAAAUCUGUGUGGGCCUUAGGCUUUUAGUAUGAAGAAGCCAGCCUGAAAUUUCCCUCAUGGUCACUCCUGUCUGGAAGAUGAGGUGCAGAAUCCAGGUGCUUUGGGGGAAGGAACUCAACUGAAUCAAGAUGUUAAAUUGUUCCACAAAAGUCACAAACAGUUAUAGGAUCCACCAGUACAGCUGCCUCAUGCUUUUUGCCACAUUCAGUCACUGUUACGCUUUUAAAACGUGGAUACAUCUGAAAAAAUUACUGUUGGGUAGGUGAUUAAGACGCCAUUGGUCUUUAAGAGCAAGAUCACCCUGCUCAUAAGGAGUGUUGUUCUCUUGCCACACUUCUUUCCUUUCCAUUGUGCUCUGUUCUGCUCCUGUGAAUCCCCUUUUAAGUUUUCUAACUGCUGCUGAAGUGUUACUUAGGCUGCUGUUGCCAUGCUUGCGCCUGUACAGUGCAAGAAAAUGCAUUUGAUUCCUUUGGGUUUAAAGGGAGAACUGCCAUUUGUUUGCAUCAUUUCACUUCUGUUGAGCAUUGUUGCUUUACAAGCUGCUCUCUCUGUUUUGUAUUCUCUUUUUUGCUGUGGGGGAGAUGUUUUUGAUAUUGCCUAGUUCUGAAUAGUAAAAUAUUUGAAGUCCAUCAAA